GUUGCGGUCUGAAUCGUGUUUUGUUGGCAAGCGGAGGUCGUAUAGACAGGCGGCGGAGAGGAUGCCGGCGGGUCAUGGUCUUCGUUCUCGCACCAGAGAUCUCUUCUCCCGUCCCUUCCGGAAGAAGGGGUACAUCCCUCUGACGACGUACCUGCGCACCUACAGGAUCGGCGACUACGUCGACAUCAAGGUGAACGGCGCCGUCCACAAGGGCAUGCCCCACAAGUUCUAUCACGGGCGCACCGGCAAGGUCUGGAACGUCACCAAGCGCGCUAUCGGCGUCGAGGUCAACAAGCAGGUUGGUAAUAGGAUCAUCAAGAAAAGGAUCCAUGUCCGGGUGGAGCACGUGCUGCAAUCUAGGUGCCAAGAGGAUUUCCGAUCUAGGGUGAAAAUGAAUGACCAGCUGAAGGCUGAGGCGAAGGCCCGUGGUGAGAUCAUCAGCACUAAACGGCAGCCCGAGGGCCCUAAGCCCGGGUUCAUGGUGGAAGGUGCCACGCUCGAGACUGUGACUCCCAUUCCUUAUGAUGUCGUCAACGACCUCAAGGGUGGCUACUAGUUUCCUUAGGUGAUCGUCAUUGCCUCUUUGCCCGAUCCUACUUUUGCUGCAAGACUUCAGUAUAGUAUAGUUGUUGUUUUGGGCAGAUUUUUCUGAAGACUAUUGUUUUGUGCUCCCUGUCCGAAAGCUUAAUCACCAUUAUUUAUGAAAGACAAAAUCUUUCUAA